AUGAGUGCAAGACGUAUUGCGUCCGGGGCCCUGGGGCCUCUGGUACGCCGCAGGGCCGCCCAGAUGGUCGUCCGUUCUUUUCACCAACGGCUGCUACCCGUCGGAGGAUUACAAAGGACAGACAUAUCUAUCCAAGCGGCACGGAAGCACAUGCGAUUCCCAAUCAACGGAUACCACAACGCGGUGAUCUCGCGAAAUGCCUCAUUUGCUCGCCUCAUUCCUAAGCUCGUCAUCAAGUUUGCCCGGGUUCCGGCCAUGUUUGGUGGUUUGCUGAUAGGAGGCGCAGCUUGGGUUCAGUACCAGGCCAUUCAGGUGGGAAACUCGGCCUACGACAUGUACAGGACCACCCGGGACGGGUUGACAGAGACGGCAACAACAUUCUGGGACGGGGCGCUCAACAUUGCGAAUCAGACAAAGCAGGGAUGGGAGAGCACGAAAGAGCAUAUGGAGAUGCCUGAAUGGAUGCAAAAAGUGCUGAAGCUGCACGAGAAGAUCGGAACGGGCAGCGAGGGUCCUAAUGGCAGCGGUAAGGGCCCGAAGGAGAGCAGAGGUGCUGGAGCAGCCGGAGCAGCAGCCGGAGCAGCAGCUUACGGAUACUCGGAUGGCGGGGACGACGACGAGCCGCGGGCGGGAACAGAGAGCGGUGCGCGGGACGAUCAGAUGAUGCUGUUCAUUAAGAAGAUGAUUGAGAUCCGCAACAUCCUGCAAAAGGUGGGCCAGUCAAGCACGCUGACGCUGCCGUCGAUCGUGGUGAUUGGCUCGCAGUCGUCGGGCAAGAGCUCGGUGCUGGAGGCGAUUGUGGGGCACGAGUUCCUGCCCAAGGGCUCGAACAUGGUGACACGGCGGCCGAUCGAACUGACGCUGGUCAACACGCCCGACUCGAAGGUGGAGUACGGCGAGUUCCCGGACCUGGGGCUGCGGAAGAUCACGGACUUCUCGUCUAUCCAGCGAACGCUGACGGAGCUGAACCUGGCCGUGCCGGACUCGGAGUGCGUGUCGGACGACCCGAUCCACCUGACGGUGUACUCGCCACAUGUGCCGGACCUGUCGCUGAUCGACCUGCCGGGAUACAUUCAGGUGGUGGGCCAGAACCAGCCGCUGGAGCUGAAGCAGAAGAUCUCGGAGCUGUGCGACAAGUAUAUUCAGCCGCCCAACGUGAUCUUGGCCAUCUCGGCCGCAGACGUGGACCUGGCCAACUCGACGGCGCUGCGGGCGAGCCGGCGGGUGGACCCUCGCGGUGAGCGGACGAUCGGGGUGGUGACGAAGAUGGAUCUCGUGGACGCGGAGCGUGGAGCGUCGAUCCUGCUGGACAAGCAGUACCCGCUGCGGCUGGGGUACGUGGGCGUGGUGGCGCGGGCCCCGACCUCGGUCGGCGGUGGGCUGUUCAAGAAGGGCGGCAGCGGCAAUAGCCUGAUGCGGCAGAUCUCGAAGAACGAGGAGGCCUUCUUCAAGGCGCACCCGCUGGAGUUCGGGGUGGGGACGGAACUGGCGCUGGGAACGAAAACGCUGCGGCGGAAGCUGAUGCACGUGCUGGAGCAGACGAUGUCGGCGAGCUUGCAGAGCACGACAGACGUGAUCCGACAGGAGCUGGAAGAAGCCACGUACGAGUUCAAGGUGCAGUACAACGACCGGCCGCUGUCGGCGGAGUCGUACCUGGCCGAGAGCCUGGAUGCGUUCAAGCACUCGUUCAAGCAGUUUGCGGAAGAAUUUGGGCGGCCGCAGAUGCACGAGCUGCUCAAGGGCGAGCUGGACCAGCGGGUGCUGGAUCUGCUGGCACAGCGGUACUGGAACAAGCCGAUCGCGGACCUGCUGCCGGCGGUAGUGGAACUGGAUCCGCUGUCGGAGCUGCCGAGGGCCGACCCGGACUCGCUGUACUGGCACCGGCAGCUAGACGCGUCGACGUCGCAGCUGACGAAGCUGGGGAUCGGGCGGCUGGCGACGAAUGUGGUGGCGACGAGCAUUCAGGCCCACAUCGAGCGGUUGAUCGCGCAGUCCAACUUUGCGAGCCAUCCAUUUGCGCGGCAGGCGAUUGUGGACGCGGCCGCGAGCAUUCUCAACGACCGGUUCUACAGCACGAGCGACCAAGUGGAAAACUGCAUCAAGCCGUACAAGUUUGAGAUUGAGCUGGAAUCCCGCGAAUGGGAAGGCGGCCGGGAACACGCGGCCGUGGUGCUCAAGACGGAGCUGCACGCCUGCCAGGACGCGAUGAAGCGACUCGAGGGCACUGUCGGUGGUCGUCGCAAGCUGGGCGAGGUCAUGGGAUUCGUGGACCGGGCGAGACGCGGCGACGUGGUGGUGGAGGGUGAGGGCCGGAGUGGUGCCGGUGGCUACAGUGCAGCUCUUUUGCAAAAGGGACGUGAAGCGGUCUUCCUCCGUGACCGGGCCGACAUCAUCAACAUGCGGCUGCUGGCAGCCAAGUCGAAGCAAUGCCGCAGCAUCAGCAACAAAUACUACUGCCCCGAAGUGUUUCUGGAUGCGGUGGCGACAAAGCUGGCCAGCACGGCAGUGCUCUUCCUCAACGUGGAGCUGUUGUCGGAGUUCUACUACAACUUCCCGCGCGAGCUGGACCAGCGGCUAGGCCGUCACCUGAGCGACGAGGAGAUGGAGCGCUUUGCCAAGGAAGACCCCAAGAUCGGCCGCCACUUGGAUGUGAUUCGACGCAAGGAGCUGCUGGAGCUGGUGCUCGACAAGAUGGAAAGCCUGCGCCAGCUAGAGGGCCGCGAGAAGGGCCGGCGCAUCGGUGGCAGCAGCAGCAGCAGCAGCGACAAGAAAAAGGGCGGCAGUCGCUGGGGGCUGUUUUAG